AUGGACAUAGAUUCACCGCGCAAGAACUGCCUCUUUGCUGGUGAAGCAGACAGUUUUCUCACAGAAUCACCAUCAUUUUUGCCGCCACAUAUGGUCAAGCAAUCUGGGAAAUCGAGACCAGACUUUCUGUCGUUUAAGAGGUCGCAGACAUCGCAGGGAAUCAUCACAACCUCAACGUUGAAGCGGCCUCUCCAGCUGAGCCCGAGGUUUGACUCUCCAACUUGCACAUUAGCAGCUGAUUUGUCGCAGAAUUUUCACAUCGACCAGCACGAAAAGAGAGAUAUUCCCACGCCCAAGAGAUAUCUUUUUGGCGGGUCUCAGGCCCAAUCGCAGUCCGAAAGAGCGCCUCUCGGACCGGUGUCCACAAACCGCAAGAUCAACUCUAGGAUGAAUUCCAUCUCCAGUCUUGGAAGCACAAACUCGAUUUUUUCGUUUCAAUCACAAUCGACAUGUUCAUCGCAAUCGAGCAUUUCCAUUUUUGAAGAAACAGAGUCGAAAAUGGUGCCUCCAGCGCCUUCGUAUCGGAAGCUUUUGAGACGAGCAAACACCGUCUCGGUGAGGUCUUCGUCGCUCUCGAAUAUCUCUGCUUUUCAGCCAAACCGCGGCCAGCAAAAUCUACAACAGUCUCAGCAGUCUCAGAAAUCUCAGGAGAAUCAUUCUGACGAGGAUUUGGACGCCUUGUGUAUCCCCUCACCCGUUGUUGAGCGUGAUAUCUCCAUCGACAACUCGGACGGUGAUGACUCUGCGAAUAAUUCUAUAGGAUCACCUCUUCAGCACCGUUUGAAUGCUAAAUUGCGGCUGUUUGAAAACAAACCCUCCAAUAAGGCCAGACGUACUCACUCGAUGUUUCAGACCCCUCAGGAGCUGUAUGUUGGCCCAGCACAGGUCAACUCCAUUUCCAAUGAUAUCUGCGGUCUGAGCUUCAAGCCUGCGGUUGACCCUCCUUUCGUUAGGGCCGCAAACUCCGUAUUGCCUUCUACAAAAAUUCGUACGUUCAUGGUUCAGGAUGAUUUAAUUCCACGGAUAGACACACUCCAAUUUGUGGACAUCCUCCAGGGCAAGCACGAGGGUUUUGACAGCUUUGUGGUGGUUGAUUGCCGGUUCGAAUAUGAAUACCGUGGUGGACACAUCGAUGGCUCCGUUAACAUUACGUCGCAGACCGAUCUCGAAAAGAACUUCCUCACGGAGGGAGUGAAGGCGCAUCGUCCGGGAAAGGGCUCCAAUGCUAACGGUACGAAGUUGGUGAUCUUCCAUUGCGAGUUUAGCUCGUACCGUGGUCCGCUAAUGGCGAACCAUCUUCGCAAUCUUGAUCGCUCGCUCAACAAGGAUAACUACCCAUAUCUGUACUAUCCAGAUGUUGUGAUCCUCCAGGGAGGCUACAAACAGUUUUUUGACCAGCAUUCGGAACUGUGUUAUCCCAAACGCUAUGUUGAGAUGAACGACUCGAACCACAUCGAUAUGUGCGAAAUGGAAUUGGAACGCAUCCGCAGAGACUUUAAGCUCAAUAGCAAGAGCUCUCUCAAACGUGCUAUGUCGCUGAACUCUGGAGUAUCGACUCACCAGAUCCACACAACUACCCAAACAGGGCCUAUUGGAAGACCAAGUACGGAUAUCUUUGGAAAAAGUCUCGACGCGCUGUUCGAGAAUACCUCGAGUCCACAGCGGUGGGGAGCAAGAAAACCUCAAUCCGCCAAUGCUACUACCCAAUUUGAGUUCAAGUUCCCUCUGCCGAAAAUCAAGCCCGCACACAUUCGCUCAAUGACAUACCAUCAGACCAGCCUGACCAAGUCGCCAAUCAGGCCGAUCGAUAAGCACGUCGAUACUCCAGUUGCGGAGAGGAAUCGUCUGGGAGAACAGAACCGUUUCAAGUUUCCCAAGUGUUGA